UGCUCACAUAAAUAGUGAACGUGCAAGCGUGCGGAGGCAUAUCGGUGUUUCGCUCCGGGACUGUCAGAACGGACUUCCAUUGGAUAUUUGUGGAAAAUAGUCUGCUCCAGCUGGUGACGGAUGUCGUGGUGGAACACAAGGUGUGCAUGCAAUUAGUUUAAAGAGAGUUAUGCGUCCGAUUAUGUUGCACUAUGUAUCGUCGAUGCAUAUUACGGAGCUGAUAAUGCAUUUACACCUUAUCAAGAAAAGCCAUCGCUAAGCGAUGAGACCAAUUUGCGUGUGUGUGCGCGAGCGAAUGUUGUGAAGCAAUUGUUUUUCUGGUUUAUUAGAAUAUCGAUAGUGCGUGCUCUUCAAAAAUUGGAACCGCGUUACUAUUCGGUUACGGUUACAAUAUAAUUUCCGACGUAACUGAAUGUUUUCGAAGUCAUCUUGCGUAGAUGAUAAUUAUAUAGCAGUCCGGGUUGAGAAAUUCCUGAAUUGAAUUCCUGUUGGAAGUUUACUUGUGCGAAGGUAAACGUGAAUACGUGUACCAAGAGUGAACGUGGAGCGCUUCGGAAAAAUGGUGUGUGUAUCAAAUUUUGGGAAUAAAUAAUACCACCGUGGUGCUGGAAUAAUGACCCUGUUAUUGAUGGUUAAAAUUGCUGACUGUCCAUCCUGCUGCAUGUGAAUCGAUGUUUAUUUUACACCCCAGUGUAACAUUGGAAACAUACAACUGGUCGCUGGCCUAGGAGAAGAGUCGAAACUGAGUGCUAAUUGGAAAAUAAAUAAAGCCAGUGAAGUGGAAUAAUUCUUAUAAGAAAGCAAAAAUAUAAUUCGAUCCACGCCAACGGAGCUGUGAGAUAGUGUUGAGGAAACGAGAGGUGUCGACGUCACAAUCGGACCGGUUAUUCUUCGCUCUGGUCUCUGACGCUCUAACUCUUGGAGUGGACGUUUAUUGUUGCUUCUCGGCAAACGCGAUCCUAGAAAUCCCGUCAGCAACACCCCGCGGCAGUCAUCUUGUUAUGAAUCUCUAUCGCCUUGUGCUACCGAAGGAAGCUGCGUGCGCAAGGAAACUCGACGGGAAGCUGUUUGCAACCGCUUGAUCGACUUGAAUCGAUGGAUGGGUAAUCCCCAUUGCAGCGUGUGUUUACUGAUCGCGUUCAAAAUCUUGCUCAUUGCUCACAGUGCUGGGGAUAAGGUGUUUGGAACGGUGCCAAAUGUGUCGUAGCAUCGAAAAUGAGCAACCGAGCAAACUCUCGCGUAUGAUAUGUUUAUUUCGUUAGGUACUGCUCCGCGAGUUUAGCGUUUAUGGGUUUUCCUGUUAUGUUACCCUAGCAUUUAGUGAACUGCAGUGGCGUUUGUUUUAUAUUUUUUCUUACUCUUUUCUCCAUCAAAACGUUAUUGCUGAGCUUGGCGUGAAUAAUUUAUGGAAACAAAAUAUUUAUUUUUUGCCGGAGUUGCAAACAGUUGAGACGGGCGCAAAAAAUCCUUCUCUGUUGUUGAUGUUUUUCGUUGUCAGUUCGUGGAGCAGAGAAGGCUAGCAGCAACGCGCGUCAAUCUGGGGCCAGUGUGAGAGUGCGCGAGUAUGUCUGUGCGAGUGGAAAAAAAUGUUGUGAUGUUUUAAUGAAAUUCAAUUCCUAUCCAUCGCUUGCGUCCGGAAACGUUCCGGCUAACAGGUAACGGUGGCUAUCGCCUCAGACAGAGCAUAGUGCAGUGAGUGCCGCUGCCGCUGCAGGGCGGAAGUGAAACGAGACGAAAAUCCAAACCACACUCCAUUCGCCCCCUCAAGCUAGUUAAUAGUUAUAACUCAAUUAGUCAGCCGUGGCGUUGGGCGGAAUAUGACAAACAUCAACUAUUCGAGAAUGUUUCGAGGCAAAAUUCGCACCAACACAUGUCGGAUCGUGCUGCUCACAUCGCUGGUGUGGCUGCUGAUCGAUGUAGUGCUGAUAAUGAACUACGCCGACUGUCUUGGCGGUUCCAACUGGCUCUGCAAACGGCCCGGCGAGUACGAUGUUGAGCUUCCACACAGUGCACAACUGCGACAGCAUCCGGCUGAACGCGGGGCGGCUGCCCUGGAAGACGACGAUCCGAUUGUGGAUGAGGAAGAAAUUGAUACCAAUUCAAACAAUUUGGGCGAACAAGCGCCCGAAAGCUCAAUGCCUCGAACGUAUCGUCCUCAGGAGUUGAAAAAAUGGCGCCCCGUGCCACAGGUGGGCGAGAACUACGGAAAACCCGGCGAGAUGGGCAAGCCAGUGAAAAUCCCUUCCAGCCAGCAGGAACUAAUGAAGGAAAAAUUCAAGGAAAAUCAAUUCAACCUCCUGGCCAGCGAUAUGAUCUGGCUGAAUCGAUCUCUAACGGACGUGCGGCAUCAUGACUGCAAAAAGAAGCACUACUCCGCCAAACUGCCAACAACCUCGAUAGUGAUAGUGUUCCACAACGAAGCAUGGAGCACGCUGCUGCGAACAAUCUGGAGUGUAAUUAAUCGCUCGCCCCGGCCCCUACUGAAGGAGAUCAUCCUGGUGGAUGAUGCUAGCGAGCGGGACCAUCUUGGCAAGCAGCUGGAGGACUACGUGCUGACGCUACCGGUGCACACGUACGUGCUGCGGACCGGCAAGCGCUCCGGACUGAUCCGAGCGAGACUGCUCGGAGCCAAACAUGUGAAGGGUCAAGUCAUAACUUUCCUAGAUGCCCACUGCGAGUGCACCGAAGGAUGGUUGGAGCCCCUGCUAUCCCGUAUCGUGCUAGACCGUAAGACGGUCGUCUGUCCCAUCAUCGAUGUGAUAUCGGACGAAACGUUCGAAUACGUAACGGCUUCCGACCAAACGUGGGGAGGCUUCAACUGGAAGCUCAAUUUCCGAUGGUACAGAGUGCCAGCCCGCGAGAUGCAGCGAAGGAACCACGAUCGGACGUCACCGCUCCGAACGCCUACCAUGGCCGGUGGACUGUUCUCAAUCGAUCGAGAUUAUUUCUACGAGAUUGGUUCGUAUGACGAAGGCAUGGACAUUUGGGGUGGUGAGAAUUUAGAGAUGUCCUUCAGGGUCUGGAUGUGCGGCGGAACGCUGGAAAUCGCACCCUGCUCACGAGUUGGUCACGUCUUCCGCAAAUCAACGCCGUACUCUUUCCCGGGUGGCACAUCGCAGAUUGUUAACAAAAAUAACGCCCGUUUGGCUGAAGUAUGGCUCGACGGCUGGAGUGAAUUUUACUACAAUAUUAACCCAGGUGCUCGUCGAGCUUCCGCAGGCGAUGUGAGCGAACGAAAAGCCCUCCGCGAGCGGCUGAAGUGCAAAAGCUUCCGCUGGUAUCUGGAAAACAUAUACCCCGAGAGCCAAAUGCCGCUGGAUUACUACUUCCUGGGCGAGAUUCGAAACGUGGAAACACAAAAUUGUCUCGACACGAUGGGACACAAGUCGAACGAGAAAAUUGGCAGCAGUUACUGUCACGGACAGGGCGGCAAUCAGGUGUUCGCCUACACCAAGCGGCAUCAGGUUAUGUCGGACGACAACUGUCUCGACGCGUCCAACGCGCUGGGACCAGUGAACUUGGUCCGGUGUCACGGGAUGGGUGGCAACCAGGAGUGGGUGUAUGACAAUGAGGACAAGACUAUCAAGCACGUCAACAGUGGCAACUGCCUGACGCGGCCGUCUCCCGAAGAUCCGUCUACGCCGCUGCUGCGGCCGUGCACUUUCUCCCGGGGCCAACAGUGGCUAAUGCAAUCCAAAUUCAAGUGGCAAGCGCAGCACGACAAUCGGAUCAGCGACGACAGAUAAAAUCGAACCCCCCCGGAAGCCAGCCAGCAGCAAUCAUCCCACAAUUCCAUCCCAGCCACAGCCCACAACUCGGGAAACAUGAUGAGGGGAAGCCAAGCCCGUCGGGAAGCGGUUAAGUAAUUGGACAACGGGAAGGUCUUGAGUGGUAGUAGUCGGAAAUGUAAUUCCCGAUAUACUUCCCGGCCUUAUAUGGAGAGCGUCAUCGCAAAAUCAUCGGUUUUAGUCGAUUUAUAUCUAUUGCUUAGAAGUAAGAGAAGUUAGACGUUUUUACUUGCACGUACGAGUCGUGUGUUUAAUAAAUUGGAGAAUUAAUAUUGCGAGAGUUAGCGGAAUGCGAAUGGAUGGUAAUCUAUGUGUGAGAGUGAACGAGUGAAGGGCACAAUAUCCGAGUAUGAUGAGCGUAUUUCGCUUGACGAGACAUGAAAAUAUGUGGAAAAUUAUAAGUUAAUUAAUUUAGCAGCAAAGCGUUUGUCCCAAAACGUACAUAGAUAGGAGAAGGUUUGCAUUGUACAUAUAAAUAUUUGCACAUUUUCUAUUCGCUGAAUGACUGAAUCGUGCAGAGAAAAGGAUGGUGAUAAAAUGGAGUGGAUGUUUUACCAAUCAGCACAAGCGAGAAUGUUCCUACUCACACACACACACACACACAAAGAAAAACGAAAGAGAUUUAUUACAUUCAAAUCUAGUGUUACAAUCCGACUGCCGAUUUCUCAACGAAGGUCGAUUCUUGCUUUAAGAAACGUCAACGUUUCUUGACGUUGGCAUUUCAUAGAAAUUAAAAUUUACCUAAAACGGUUCUCGGAGCAAAAGAGAAAUCAAUACAACAAAAAUUGCCGCAUAUCACGUAGAGAAUCAACUGACAAAUCUCUGCUCGAAGUUAGAUAUCGAUAUUGGUUUCGCAAAGUCGGUGUGAUCUAACUUUUGAAGCACUAAACUCAUGUAGAAUUCUGUUUUGUAUUGCGAGCAUUUGUUCGAGAUUAUCUGACUGUGGUGAUAACGCAAACAAGAGUUCGAAAACUUACGCGCAAAUAAUGGUAUUCCGGAAAAGAUUUUGAGUUUCAAACUGUGUGUAACAUUUAAAAAAAAAAGUGAUCACGGAAAAAAUAUUAACAUGUUGGAAACACGGACCAUUUACCAUUUAGGCGGAAAACAUUUCCCAAAAUUUUGAUGUGCGAAAAACACUAGAUUUGUGAAUCCCUUAGUUGUGUACGUUUGUUUCGUGGAGAAACGAGAACGACUAUCAGCCAGAAGAGCUGAACAAUCUGACAGAAGAUCGAAAUCAAGAUAUCAUUCAUUAGUAGUAACGAGACAGAAAAAAAACAUGAAAAUAUAUAGAUAUCUAAGAGAUAGUUCCCAAACAUAGUUGAAAUUUACAAACAGAAGAACGUGAUCAACCAAGGAAAUCUAUAUCAUCAGAUCUACACAGAGCUUAAUAAGUUUCAACACAGAGAAAAAGUUGUUAGAGUUUAGUUUCCUUUAAAGCUAGCAAAUCCAAUUCACUGAGCUUAGCAUUUAGUUUUAACCCGGUUGAUUUUAUUUCAGGUGGUGGUGUGCAAUUGUGCUUUUAAGCUAAUCUUAUUCGAUACUUUUCAAACGAAACACAACUCAUCUGCCGAGUGAGAGUGUUUGAGCGAGACAAAAGAAGAAAAAAAAUAUGGGUAAGCAACAGAACGAGAGGUUGUCCUAUAAUUUAGUAUGAGUAAUCGUUAUGAGCAAGGCUGUAAGUUAUUUUAGCGAAAACAUAACUAGGUAUAUACUAUUUUUUUUACAAAACAAAAAUACUUCCCUAACUACGAGAAAUUGUUAAAACGCACUUAACUGCAUCACAUGUUUUAUGGUUUACAGACACAAAUUUUCAUUACCUCAGUAUUAAACUACUUCCGUAACAAAAACAAACGAAACAAGCGAAUCUUCCGCGUUGCGCCGUGUUUUGAACAGAGCCACCACAAACUACUUCUUACAAACAUUCCUCCUCGGAAGGAUUCAAACAAACACCAUAAGUUCAAUACUUUUUGCCAGCGGAAGAAACCAGAUAUACGUUUCGACUUUCCAAGCACGAACCGAGCCAAUUUUAAAUUGCAGUACAUUACUAUCAUUACGGACCAAUUUUUUGUUUUGUUUUUGUGUUGAUUCAGUUGCACAUCCUAGGCAACGGAUUGAGAGCACUGUUUCUUUAACAGCACCAAUUGCGUGAGUUGUAACAAUGAGGAAUCAGAAUGAGAAGUCGCGAGAGAAGAUGUAAUUUCCGAUAGUAGAAUAAAAAUAAUGAAGUUUUUUUAUGAU